AUCAUUCGCUCGUCAGUCGUUGCUAGCAUACGUCACGGAGUUCCUGCUGCGUCGUUCUUGCCUCUCUGCACUUCUCACCCCUCUACCAGUUUUCAAACGGAAGCAAUCAGAAAAUAAUAAAAAAUCACAACAAAAAACAUUUAAAAAAUUGUGAAAAUCUUUGCCAGUGCAAAUUAGUUGAGGGUGCCAGAGGACAGCCAGAGAAGAGGGAUUCGGCCAUCAAUCGAUCAAUAAACUCCCAGCAGCAACUUUUACGCUACGAAACCAGAACGAGAACAAGAUUAGACGCGGCGAAAGCAAACAGAGAAGCGUACAAACAGUAACAAAAACAAAAGAAUUAAAGAAAAGACUGAGCAACGUUCAAGCAAAUCCAAGGAACAAACACCAACACAACACCAGCAACAUAAGCAAUCUCCACAUCGUCUCUCUAACUGUGAACCUAGAGCUAAGAGCAACAGCAUAAGGCAGUGACCAGCGAAGCAACUUUGAUCUCAACACCCACAAAGCAAUAAGUCCAAGUCCAGACCGGAUCCGCUGCACUAGCCCGUAUAAUGUUAAGCAGCCUCGCCUCGUACCUCUUCGGAUCGCCAGCAUCACCCGAUUCCAUUAACCAAGAAGCGAAUCCUGCCCAGAACCCCGACUCGAACGCUCCCUCCAGCCCCGUCAGGGACCCAUCGGGAGGAGAUGUAAUUGAGGUCACUUCGUCGACGCCAUCGGUUGCGGGCAGCAGCAAUCGCGCCCAAGCGGUGCGGACCGCCAACGGCAAGCGGGGCAAGAACAGGCGUGGCAAGCGCUACCAGCAGCAGCUGCAGCAGCAGCAGAGGAAGCAGCCAGCGACUAUCACCAAGCUACUGACGCCCUCGGGCGAAACCAUCGACGAGGACUUUGACGAAGACGAAUGGUACAUUGUCGAGAAGGAAGACGAGGAGGACGACUCCCUGCCGCGCAGCGACUCCGAGGAGGAACUCUCCGUCGUAGAGGUGCCGCAGCCCAGGGGGGCGAACACCGCCUCCUCCUCCUCCGCCGGUGGGGCCUCCGGCAGUGGCCCAGCGGGUACACGCCGCCGCCAGCACAUCCAAUCGCAUUCCCUGUACAGCGGGCCGCGGCCACAGCAGCAGCGCAACUAUCUGCAGCGUUCGCGCACCGGAAGCGGUGCCGCUGCUGUCCGCCCGCUGAGCAUCUCCACCCUGAGCCCGCCCAGAAGCGUUCCCGGACUGGCCGACUCUGACAAUGUUAGCCAGUCGCUGUACGUGGCCUCGCCCAGUGGCAGCGACCAGGGUCAGGGUGCUAACGUGCUGAUGGAGGAGUCCUGGUACGUAACACCGCCACCAUGCUUCACCUCGAUUGGGCCAAUCAAUAUGGAAACAUCACCAUUUGAGAAUCUAUUGAUUGAGCAUCCAAGCAUGUCCGUUUACCGUAGUAUUAGGUCCACCCAGGAGGGCACCGAAAGUUUUGUUAAUCUUGAUCUCGGGGUGUCGGCGGAGGUGCCGCAGGCGGAGCCGGAGCCGGAAGCUGAGCCGGAGGCCCGGGGCCAGGCCUUGCAGGAGCAGCGCUCCCAUAGCGCUCGCUUCGAUCGCCAUGCGGCCGCUCAGCUGAAGCAGCAAACUCUGGCUCGCCAGAGUCAGAAGAGCAACAAUAAGAAGCAGCACCAGCAGCUGUGCCGCAGCGCCAUGAAGCGGGCCAACAAGGUGCGCGACUUCCAGGCCAAGGCCAACCGCCCGCGCCGCUCGGAGAUGCAGCACUGCAAGCUGGUCAGCGGCGCCAACAACAACCGCAGCAAGUGCUGCUACUAGGCACGCACCACCCGCUCCGCACACCCCCACCCCUUUUGCCUCCCACGCCCCAAACGCUGGAGAGGAGCAUUACAAUCAUGGCAGGCCACGCGAGGGCAACGCGUACCGAUUUUAAUUAGUAUUUUAACUUAACCCCCAGAAGAAAAGAGAAAAUCUGCAAAAAAAGGCCACCAAAAUAUCAAAAUCUAGCAGCUAAAAACACAUACGAUUAAUGAAUUAAACUUAAUAAUUAAUUGUGUAAAAAAAACGAAAAACAAAAGCCACAAAAAAAUUUAUCUAUGGUAUCUGUGUAAAUGCGUAGGUUUUAACGUUUGCCGUUUCAAUUUAAAAACUUAUAUGAAAAAUACCAAAAAAAAUGCAAUAAAAUUUUCAAAAUGAAUAUGCAAAAAAACCCAUAAGAUAAACACACAUAAAAAAUGACAAAAAAAAUAUAUAUGUAUAAUAUAGGCAACAGAAAUGAUUUUGUUAAUAUAGCAAAGAAAACUAUUUUAUUUAUUUAACCAUUAAACACAGACACACACCGAUAAGUUUAUGAUAUGUUUUG